CGCGCUAUAACAUCGCUGGUCGGCGGGAUAUGUGGUUGGAGAGGUCGGCCAGACACCAGGCAACGGACUCGAAAAACGGGCCUCAAGUGCGACGAAGAGGAAAGGACGACUCGGUGUGAUGAUACGAAUAUCCGUUGCACCGUCACUUAGACUUCGAGGGUCCGGGCGCGUUACACACGGCUGGAAUGCAGUGCUGGAGGGCAGUGGCUUUGGGACGGGUAAUGCUCCACACUGCAGCUGUGUCUGCCGUCUGGGUGCGAUCACUUCCGUGGAUUUUCGCGUUUGCAAAACGGAGCAGCUGAGAUUCGAAUAUGGGUGGUAGAGAGCGCGAGUAUGGUUGAUUAUCAAGAGAGACAAAGAGUUGGACAGAUAUCAAGAAGGAGGGGAAAAAGAGUGUCGAGAAAAAGCAAUAGUGUGCGAAUGGCCGCCCUGGGGACUUUGCCGUGAGACCAAGCAAGAGUCCGAGUCUCUUGUUCGUUGCCCGGAGUGUGAAUCGGAUGGACUUCUUUUCUUUUGGCAACCAACGAGUUGAGGAAUCUCACUGGCUGCGGCCAGGACCGUGCCAUCCCCGUUCUCCUACUAUUUCCAGUUUUUGUUGCCCAGGCGAGUGGCCCAGCAUCAGCAUGUCCAGUGGGGGACUUGCAUUGGCCUCCGAUCUCUUGGGUUAAUUGCGCUGCGUCAGGUUACCCCUGAAUCCAGAGCCAUGCUCACUGUGAUAUCACUGCUAUCAUGCUCUCAAGAAAAGGCAAAGCUCGUGGCACAAACAUGCGGCAAACACAACUCUCGAGAAGAAUAGCAAACAGCGACUUGGAAUUGCGCUUUGGGCAAUCACUUGCGCUCAGGGCUUCGACAUCUGUCCAAAGGAUGCCCGGACUAUGUGUGACCUGAAUGAUGUGUGCUGUUCGAGAGAGACAACUGAUGCGACCCAAGCUGCCACCCGUGCCUGUGUCCCUGUGCAUUGCAGCUUGUCCUGUGAUCUGAUGCUGCAGCUCGAAAAGGGAGGCGUGGAGUCAGCAGCUGACGGCCAGUCCGUGGCAGUUGUCCGCCCCCGCUCCACCCACAAAAAGACAUGAUUGGUCAGAAAGCUUCCCCAAGCUUGAUGACGAUGACAACCAAUGACGGCACAGCUCAUACAGUUCGGAUGCCUUACGUAAGAAACGGGCGCCAAGCCUUCAAGCUUCGGCCCUGACGAAAUCGUAUGAGGGCCAGACGGCCAGAGCUAGCAUCACGAUUCCAGUUUCGAAGCUCCAUUGCAUCAGCAACCGCCUUUGACAGACAACACCGCAGAGAUGGCUUCCCUCAUCGCCCGCAGAGCUUUUAGCACGACCGUCCGUCGCCUCACCACCGGCGAGGAGGCUCUCAAGAGCGAGUCCAAGAAGAACCCCGAGAUUCUGAUCCUCGGCGGUAUCAUGGUCUGCGCUCUUGGUGGUGCUGGCUACUACUUCGGCCGCUCCCCUACCAAGUCCACCUCCGAGAACACCGUCCCUAUCGCCGACAAGAGCAUGCCCUGGGAAAGCGGUUCGACCCACGGCAAGUACCAGUAUCACCCCGGUGGUGAUGCCAGCGCUGCCCCCAAGGAUGCCCCUAGCGCUGUCAACGUCGUCGUCGUCCCCAACGUCACUCUGCCCAAGGAGCUUCACGACAGAUACAACAAGUGGGGCAAGGAUGGCUAUUAAACACUUUUUUCAGCUCGUGGGAGAGAGGGGGAGGUAUUGCACAGGCAGUGAAUGAUGCAUAAAAGAGGGCAUCAUUGUAAAUAUCUGGCUAGAUGGCGGUGAUACGGGAUCCAGGGCGGUCUUCAAUAGAGUGCACUAUUCUUGGUUUCCCUCCGUUCAUUGAAGUGGUUCAACAAAGAUGUCAGAGACUCAACCUGGGGACGAACGCCUAUAAAUGCAAUCCACCACUUUCAAAGUGCACCCAGUAUACUCGUCCUCCAACAGAUUGGCGAUGCCUGGGAGUUCAUCAUCCUAUGUGUCUCUUGGCAGCAUCGGCAAACUGCUCUUGCUGGAGACGUUCGAGUUCCUCCAAUGUCAUGCCGCUCUGCUCAAACUUGUUUGCCUUCUUCUCACGUCCCUAUCAUUGGGCGUCAGCACGUCUUCGUAACAAAGGAAACCCCAAGGUCUCUCACCUUUUGGACUUCCUUGUGCUCUGCAGCGGCUUCCAAAACGGCAGGAACGUAGUCGGCAAAGCCGAGUUGCUCCAACGCCUUGGUGAUGUGGUCACAAGCGAUAGUCUUUUUGGCUUCCUUCUCAGAAAUCUCGUUCGCCUCGCUAGAGAUGAGAGUGAUGAACUCGACACAGCACUCUAUAAGGAGGUCGCGGGCCUCCUUGGCGAAGGCGAUGCCUGUUGACGAUGGCAGAAUCUCCCC